CUCUACUAGUUCGCCCCCCUCUUCCCAUCUGAACUCGUCCAUCACUUGGCCUCUCUCCGUGCACGCAGACGGAUGCCCUACAUACAAACACGCGCAGAGCAACAUAGGCAUUCGACCUCUGGCACUCAACACCCUCUACGGUUCAGUCUUUAGAUUUUCACCAGAGAUUGGUUGAUUGGUGAGCCUCAAGUUUCCUCAACUCCCCGAUCCCGUCCAGUUCCAGUUCACUCUCUCCCAUCAAGCGGUGCAUUUAAGCCCUUUUGUUUCUCUUCUCCUCCUUCCGCAAUUCUGCUCGAUUGCUCAGAGGCAGGCACCGGGGCAGAAGUAGAGGCAGACGUUGACCUUGCUGGAUGAGUACAAGCGUAUGGUGCAUCCACAGUGGACGGAAGGUACAGGUACAAGAAAGAUGGAGCAAAUACCUUGUUGUCUGCUCCAUCGUCUGCCCAGUUAUCCAGUCCUGGCAAGCACGUCCAUGUACCUUACCUCAAUUCCGUAAUCCCCCGCCUGGAAUUUCUCACGAGCCACCCACCUCACUGCUGAGAUGCUCUCUUCAGCUCGUGGAGGAGUGACUAAGGUUACUGCGUAUACUGUGUAGGUCGUCACGGAUGGUCCCAUGUACCCCUACUCGACGACAGAUGGCCAAAGUACUUCCGGGCUGCGCUGCAUCUGUGACGUUUGCACCAAAAUUGCGUUGCGACUUCGAACCCAUUUUCCCUCGUCUAAUUCAUGCCCCGCCGCCAACCUCUUUUUGGGUUCUUGAAUAGAGCAAAAGCGACAGACAAGGUCCAACGAGGACAUCAUAUGUCGGCCUCUCUAUCCGUACCUCGCUUUGCCUUCUCUACCUUUCUUCUCGAUACCUAUCCAUUCUCCUCACUCUAUCAUACCUCAGCCUCCCUCAUCUCUCUCUCCCCUUAAACGCCGCAUCCACCCUCGCAUAUUCACUUCUUUUCUCAUCACCCUCACUCCGUCACUCACUAACUCACUCUCCUCUCGCCCCACCACUCCCCAUACACUCCUCUCUCUCUUUCACCAUCCGUCUCUCCUCUCCCUAUUUCUCUGCUCAGCAUUGGACAUUGGACUCACAAGCCAGUAAGCCAUCAGACGACCGCUACAGCUCAACAAAAUCGGACUGGCCGGCCUAGCCCGCUCGCGCAUUCUCUGCCAUUUUCCGACUUAGAGUUUGCCCUUGCCACCGCCCCGGUCGCAACCCCGACCCCGACUGCGCAGCAGGCCACACUACCAAAACCGCCGCGUCUAGACCCCGCGGCAGCAUUUCGCUACAACCCUCGAGUUUUCGAUCCUCUGCCACCGCUUACCUCUGAGCGAUCGACCCUCCUGUCUCCCUAGCACCCCGCGUGCGACCGGACUUGACGAUAUUUCGAUAUCUAUCGCGUGCCCGACUUUUGUCCUCCCGCACCCUACCGUCCCGGUCCAUCACCUGCCGCACAUGCUAUAGGGUUAUCCGAGACAUUGCCUGCAGUCGACUCAUUCGCCCACCCAUUCCCAUCGACCAUCGAUAGCAUCAGGUCACCGCCAAGGUCAAUUCAUACCUCGCAAUGACGGACCUAAAUACUCCAGACUCCAUGCCUGCCACCCCCGAUGGCUACGUUGGCGACAGAGACGGACUCGGCAGCCCUACGUCGCCCGGUUCCGCCGACUCUUCCGAGGCCAGCACCCCACUCGAAGGCCCCUCGGAAUCCCCUUCAGAAGUACCCAAACGUCUCCCGUCGCUUCGCACCGUCUCCGAUCCCCAAAAUAUGACUCCGUCUUCGACACCAUUGGGCAUGCUGAGCAACGCACGCCGUCCGCCGCCUACCGCUUCUAUGAUGAGUAUGGGUGGUGGUGCCAUGAACGAAGUCAUGGCAAGGGCAAGGGCGCUUCACGCUCAGCGCAUGGGCAAGCCUGCUGGCUCACAACCUCCUCCCAAUAACAUGGCAAGCUCGCCGCAAUCUCCAGUCCCACGACAAGGCUCUCCCGGAGGGUUACCUGGCGGAAUACCUGGAGGGCUGAAGCUGCCUGCUGGUAUGGUUCGCCCAUCCCCUGGUGGUAUGCCACGCUCUGCCCCGGUUAUCCCAACGAAACCAUCUCUUGCAGCCAGGCGUGGACCCAUGAUGAAACUUUCCGACAUGGGCGGUGGUCCUUCGCCUGCCUCUCCGACCGCGCCGAAGUUGUCUGAUAUCCACGGUCCUUCCAAUAACGGGAGCGGUGCACCCAACGGAACGACUGGGUCUAAGAUGGACGAGUUCAAGAAAUACAUUGAUUCGGAGAAGGGGUGGAUUACGUUCGACGGUGCUGCGACUAUCACCAAGAAUGGUGUUAACUUUGCCAAUGGCACAGCUUUCACCAUUUCGCUAGACGAAGUGGAGGUCUUGGACGAGCUUGGCAAGGGUAACUAUGGUACCGUCUACAAAGUGAGGCAUACAAAGCCUAGAGUCCCGAGGUUUGGAUCUGGACUGGGCGGUUUCAAGAACCCGAACUUGAACUCGUCACAGUCGGACCCAUCACCCAUCCGCCAUGCCGACACAUCAAUCGAAUCAUCACCAGUCUCAGCAUCCACCGAAGGUACCGGCAGGGUGAUGGCGAUGAAGGAGAUUCGGUUAGAACUGGAAGAGGCCAAGUUCACGACCAUUCUCAAGGAGCUCGUUAUCCUACACGAGUGUAUAUCGCCCUACAUCAUUGACUUCUAUGGAGCCUUCUUCCAAGAGGGUGCUGUCUACAUGUGCAUUGAGCACAUGGACGGUGGAUCGAUCGACAAGCUGUACGAUGGUGGUAUUCCCGAAGGCGUACUACAAAAGAUUACAUACUCCACGGUGAUGGGCCUCAAGUCUUUGAAGGACGAGCAUAACAUCAUUCACCGUGAUGUUAAACCCACCAACAUCCUGGCCAAUACUAGAGGCCAAGUCAAGAUUUGCGAUUUUGGCGUCAGUGGAAACCUUGUUGCGAGUAUCGCCAAAACCAACAUUGGUUGCCAGAGUUACAUGGCACCGGAACGUAUCUCAGGAGGAGGUAUGACUGCUGGCGCCGAUGGCACAUACAGCGUGCAGAGCGAUAUCUGGAGUCUCGGUUUGACAGUGAUCGAGUGCGCCUUGGGGCGAUACCCCUACCCGCCGGAGGUUUCGUCGACGAUUUUCAGCCAGCUGAGUGCUAUUGUUGAGGGAGAGCCCCCAGGCCUGCCAGAAGAAGGUUACUCCAGCACCGCACACGACUUUGUCCGCAAGUGCCUCAACAAGAUUCCGAAGGAUCGUCCAACCUACGCGGCGCUGCUCCAACACCCUUGGAUGGCGCCCUUCUCCAAGAUUGAGACGAUUACCGAGGAGGCAGAAGAGGGAGAGGAGGCUGAGGCCGUAGCAGAUGCCGUCGGCAAGCUCUCCCUCUCCUCUGGCACCGAGGAUGAAGAAGUCGCGGACUGGGUCAAGUCGGUGUUGGAGCGGAAGCGCGCAGGUCUCAUCGCUCCGGCCGCCAAACCGGCACUGCACGCUGCUCCAUUACAGUCUCCGGCCGCGAGCCCUGUGGUCGGAGCUGGUGGUAUGCUGGAAUAGGAGUUGUUGAGAGAAAAAAAAAGUAGGCCGAGGCCACGUCGUCGGCGGGGGAGGUUUAUGACAUUCACAAAUUCCCAUGCUGACCGAGCUGGCCUCCGUUAGUCUUUUUAUUCGGCCCUUUGCACUUUUCAUCUUUUUUCUUUUCUUUGCUUUGUCUCAUACCCUCAAUCCAAGUAUUUCUACAUUGCAUCAUCAGCAUAUACUACUGGUUGGCAAGGAGUGUUUGUUUUCGACGAUUGGGGUGGGUUUUCUGUGUUGCUUCUCGCGUUGAGUGGUAGGCUCCACGGCCUUUUGGAAACGUCCAGUAUACGACAUGGAUGGCGUUUCCCUUUCUUGAUGGGCAAUUUUGCCACUCCCCUUUUCCUUGAAUCACGGAAUGAUGGUCAUGAUGGUUUACUGGGUGUGGGAGGAUUCACAACGAAAGGAGCAUAUACGACGGAUGGGCUGGGUGGCAUGGCAACGGGACAGAAAGAAAGAAGAACUUCAAGAUGACAAAAAGGCAACUGAGGUGUCGAGAGAUCCUGAGAUGCAAUCGACGUAAAAUCCUGUGUUAUGUGUGUGUGUACACGUGUGGUGCGAUUUAGCAUGUAGACAAGGAGCAGCGAGGACAAGACCUGAUGCAUGUGAGCAGAGCUGGUGGGAAGCAAUGGACCUUUUUGAGUGAAAUAUUUCUAAAGUAAAGGAGCGACCCAAUCAAUCAAGUACCUUUGCCUAGAGAAA